AUGAUAGAAUUGGAGAUAAAUCGACAAAAAGAGAACAGUCGGUAUUCUAGAACCUUCAGGCGAUUGUCACUGUCUUUAGCAGAGAUCGAGAUCAGACAGAACCAUUUCGACAAAGCCAAAGCGCUUCUGGACGACAUCCUGAUUCUGUACGAUACACUUGCUGAACCAGAUGUCGAUGACAAAGUUGGGCAUGUGCGAGCACUGAUAUCCCGGGCGCGAAUCUCGUCGUUCCCAGAAGCAGAAGGCUACUGGACUACCGCUCUGCUCCAGAACGAAAUUUACAAUCCAGGAGAGGAGGAGGUCUUCACAUGCGGUGUGAUCUAUCUGUUCAUUGCUUUCAUACGUGUCAAGUGUGGUGACUGGAGUGGAUCGCAAGGUAUGUUGAAGAAGGCAAUCGAGGUCAUUCGCGCUAGACGUCCUCAAUUCUUGAUUCCUGGUCUGGGGACAUAUCUGUUUGACUAUGUAAGAUCGGAAUUGGAGGACGUGGUCGACUUCUCUUUGCCAGAUGGGGCUUGGUAA